CAACAGCUGAAUAGGUGGGUCAACAAUAGGUCUCGAGCGAAUUCUGAUAUUUUUAUUACUAUUCGGAGUGUGCAUAGUGCAAAGGACCUUCUGAAGUCAUUAUCCGUUAGUGUAGCGAACAUUUAUACGACUUAAAAUGGAGAAAUAUCCAGCAACUGAACCAAUCAAAAGAGGAAGAGGGGUGACUGAAUUCAAGAUUGCAACAGUUGCCGAUUUGGACAAGUUCGCAACAGAUAAGGAUGAAGAAGGUGAAACUGUGUGGAAAAGUUUUCUCGCGAAAGGAUCCUUGAUUUACGAUGAAAUUAACAGGAAAGUAUCGGUAGAUAUGCCCGAAAAUUCCGGCAUUACGGUGACAUCAGAGUUUUCAAGAGGUGGAAGAGGAAUGGAAUUAUCGGCGUUGAUUUAUUACAAAGAUAAAUUGUACUCUGUUGACGACAAAACUGGAAUUGUAUUUGAAAUUGGAGAAGGGAAAGCGAUUCCGAGAGUCAUUCUUUCUGAUGGAGAUGGAAAUCAGGCCAAGGGUUUUAAAGGCGAAUGGUUAACAACUAAAGAUGGAAUGCUUUAUGUCGGCGGUCAUGGUCGAGAAUUUGUCCGUAAUGAUGGAUCUAUACUUAACAAAAAUUAUAUGUGGAUUAAGAUAGUUGACGACAAAGGUGCAGUUCAACAUGUGAACUGGUGUGACAAUUAUAAUGCUCUUCGUCAAGCAGCUGGAUGCCCGUUCCCCGGCUAUCUAAUUCAUGAAGCUGCAGUAUGGAGUUCGACGCAUAAGAGCUGGUUUUUCUUGCCUCGAAAGGUUAGCAAGGAUCCUUACGAUUAUCAAUUAGACGAACAAAGAGCCGGAAAUAUUCUUCUGAGUUGUACAGACAGAUUUGAUGAUAUUAAGGUCGUACAGAUUGGACAAGUCAACUGCACUCGAGGAUAUUCUUCAUUCAAGUUCAUACCUGGAACAGAUGAUAAAGUGAUUGUUGCUGUUAAGUCAGAAGAAGUUGGAAACAAGCAAAAAUCGUUUAUUUCUGCGUUUACUAUUGAAGGAGAAAUUCUGCUCGAAGAUCAAGAAUUUGCUGAUAAGAAAUACGAGGGAAUUGAGUUUAUAUGAUAUCCUUUUGUGGUAUUUGUGUGCCUGUCAGUUUCACCUAUAAAUCAGUGAUCUAAUAAGCCAUCAAUGGAUCUAAUGAAUACAAAUUUCCACAACAUUUAUUGCUAUGUGCAUACUGAAAGUUGAAGAGUUAGUUAUGUUACUUGUA